AUGUCCGAUCCUUUCUCGGUAACAGGGAGCGCAGUUGGUGUUGCCUCUCUGGGCCUAACCAUCUGUCAAGGAUUUCUUCUAUACUAUGGCCCUUACAAAUCAUUUCAUGAUGAUGUUGACGAGGUCGUGUCUCGCAUCCAGAGUCUGAAUGGCUUACUUACUUUGUUACAAAGAGUGGUGACUGAGUCUGAUGCGACGGAUGCCUCCCCAGUUACGAAGACUGUAGACCUAGCGACGCAAAAAAACAUCGAAAGCUGCCGGCAAGGUCUGAACCGACUACAGAAGAUGCUAGAUAAAUGUCACAAGACCUGUCCACCAGGCCGUGAAACGGCGUCGAGGUUAAGAACACAAUUUGACCGGCUGCUCUACCCGUUUCGCAGGGAAACACUGAUGAACCUUAUGGAUACUGCGUCCUGGCUACAGGCAAAUGUGGAUAGUACUUUGCAAGUUCUACAUUUAUCAUUGCUUAAGUCGGGUCAACAGUCAAUGGGUUUGGUUCUGUCAAAUACAUUAUCUACUGCGUCAAAUACACGUAGGAUUAUUGGCGGGCUGGAGAGACUUGAAGACCAGCAUUCGGGAAUUCAUUCUACCCUUACGAUGCUGAUGGAGCGGAUGGAUCAAGUGGAGUCACAUAUCAAAGCAAGCAGCGGAAAACCAAUCACGAAGCCAAAACUCUUAAAAUCCCUCUUAAACACGCAACGACAGAAUGAGCAUACCGUAAAGAUCCUACUCCCUAAGCUGCAGACGAGGAACUCGCGGACGAAGCGAGCACUCCGUUGCAACUGCGACCCGGUGAAGGCGCAUUCAAUCGCUCAUGGCACCUGCUGUCCGCUGCACAACCAGAGCCGAGACUGGACUAUACUUCUAUUCCGGCAGACAUUCUGCAAUUGGUUUCUCAGGUUCUCGGUGACUGCUUCAUUGACUAUGACCCACGGCGCGGGCGGUUUCUCUAUCAGUCCCAAGCUACACUUUCGGGCCGUUGUACCGAAGGAUUCACCGGCAUUCAAGCUCCUUGAUAAACACUACUCACAAUGGAUGAUAGAGAAGAGGGAAAUACGAAGAACCCAUCAGGCACUCUUCGAGCUCUUUCAUGCCGGCCGGGCCUCCCCGACGGACACAUUGGAGAAUGGCGAUACUUUAUUACACGUUGUUGCUCAAUGGCUGAAACCGAAUCGCUUACGGGAUGACGAUGCAUGGGUGGAUUGGCAUGCUUUCAUUAAAGAUCUUCUUGCAACAGGCAUUUCCCCAAGCGCCGUGAAUCAACGGGACAUGACACCGACAGAUGUGAUAUUCGAAUGCAGUGACGCCUUUGGCUACAGAGAUGGUGACACAUCUAGAGCGAUACAUACUGCCACAUCUUGCCUUCAAUUCCUCAAAGGGGGCUCUCAUAUUACAGAUCGUGCUUUCUUGAGUGGGUAUGGACUCCCACUUGAAUAUCCUGAUAUUCUCACGUGCAUCAUGAGUCCCCCGGAUAUCCCUCUGCACAUCAGCACACGAGCAAUAGGACUGCUUCAAUCCGUAGUUGCCAGGCACGGGAUUUAUGAUAUGGAGAUUCCGGAAGAGCUACAUCCACUGAUAUUGCAAUCUGCGGAUGGUCUUCAUUCGCUCCUUGACUCUUCAGGUCCCUUGGGCCCAGAAGCUUCCUCAUAUUUGCACUAUUAUGCUCAGUGGCCAGAGGGCCUUGCAAUCCUACUUGACCACGGAUAUACACCCACAGUGCAAGCCCUAGAUCGUGCUAUCGAAAGGAGCUGUGUACCAUCUGUGAAGUUGAUGCUCGACUGCGACAGGUUCUCCUUGGGCAAAGAAGCACUUAGCUACGCGGGUCAGAAUCACUGGAACCACUGGGUGAACCCCGAAAUCCGAAGCCUCCUAAUCGAAGCUUUCGUUAGCCGCAGACGAUGCCUACAGGCUUUAGCUGAGACUCGACUUCUCGCAAGGUUGCAAGGGGAGUUGAAUCUUCAACCCGGAACGCUUUUGAACCGAAAGGCUGCACGGGCUUCUGAGUUGCUUAAAUUGCUCUCGGUUGAUGUAAGUGGAAUUGAAGCCGUCGAAUCGUAUUGUGUAUACUUCACUCACUCGGACGGCCUCGGCCUUUGGAACGCAUUGUGGGACGCUGGCUUCCGGGACGUCGACGAACCAGAUGAAGAUGGGCAAACCAUUCUCCUGUCAUGCAUCAGUGAUGACUUUCGAUACGCCAGUCUUAAGGUAUGCUUAGAAAAGGCUGAAUGGUUGGUCUCGAGGGGUGCGGACUUGUAUCGCGUGUACUGCAGCCGCCCGGCUACACAACACCUGGCAGAAGCAAUGGCUCGGACAAUGGCCAAGACUGAGGCCGAUAGCCUUUCCGACAUAAGCGAACAAUGUGUGAAACUCCUCCAUACUGUUGUCUUGGAUGACACCCGUGACGAUUGUGACUGCCCCUGUUGUGCAGGUGGAUGCUUUGCGUUGAAGGUACUACUACAUACGGCUUUUGACCGGCUUAAAUGGGAUGAGACAGCACCACCAUCUACAAUCGCGACCUACGGUCCGCCCUUAUCAGUCAUAUUGCAUGUCAUCGAGAGCACGCUCACCCCCAACACGGAGAGGGAAUUCUUUGACAAGAUCGCGUCCCGCAUUAUCCGGUAUCUCACCUUCUGCGAGCUUGAUCUCACUCAUACCUGUGACCACGAUAAUGAGGAGCCGGAGGCGGAGCUUAUCACGGAGAUCCGUGAAGAGGAGGCAUCCUUACUCGGCCAGCUGAAUUCCCUGGUCAAGGAGCUCCUCGAGGAAUACCAUCGCUCGCCAUUAACACUUCACAAGUUCCUGAAAGAGGUCUGGCGCGAGAGAAUCGAUGAGAUCCUCUCGGAGAUGCCCAAUGACCAAGAAGUUGCUCAGCUUCGCCAGGUUGGCGUAUCUGUAGAGACGCGGGAAUAUGAUGUAGCCUGGAGUGACCUUCUAAACGGGCCUCGAGUCUACUAUCCUCCGCCCUGGUUGUUUGAGGGAUAG